AUGUCGCAUGAAACUCUGCAAACUCUUAUGGAGCGAAAGGAUCACCUGGAAGCGUCAAUCGAACAACACGGAAUGGUGCUGAAAGCGAACAAUAUUGGGCUGUACGAACCGCUGGUGGACAGUGAUGGACACCCGCGGCAUGACAUCGAUGUUUAUGCCGUGCGGAAAGCACGCCAUUCCAUCAUUUGCCUGCAGAACGAUCGGAAAGCGUUGUUGGCAACGAUCGAAAAAGAAAUGGCCUUACUGUUCAAGCAGGGACAAAACACAGUAUCAUCCAGCGUGCCGGACCAACAAACACCGCCACCGAUGGAGGUGGACGAUGGUGGUGAGGCGAAUGUGACAAAGCGUGACAAACCGUUGGAACCGUUUGUCUUAGUGGAACGGGUAGAACCAGGCCAGCUAGCCGAUCGUAUGGGCAUAGCCAUCCAGGACAAGAUUUUACAGAUUGGAACAUUAUCGGCACUGAACUUCAAGACACUAAAUCAAAUUCAAACCAUGAUUCACAAUGCCCGGGGCGGCAAGCUGCUAUUUGUGGUGCGUAAAGCAAACACCGGCAAGGACGUCACAAUAGAAAUGGAUUUGAGUGCUGAGGGAACCCGAAUGGGCUUUUUCUUAAAGCCACUGAAAGGCUGA